AUGUCCGUAUCUGAAACCGAUGGAUAUGCGCCCGUCACUGUUCACAAUGCCGGCAAGCCCUGCCAGACCUUUUAUAAGAUCGUCGGCGAUCUCUCCUCUGGGAAGAUCCCCCUCAUUGUCCUGAACGGUGGUCCUGGCUCCACCUACACCUACGUCUUCUCGAUUAAAGACAUCGCGACCCUGACGGACCUCCCUGUUGUCUUCUAUGAUCAGAUUGGCGGCGGGAAGUCCACGCACCUACCCGAGAAGAAUGGCGACGUCGACUUCUGGACGGUGCAGAUAUUCGUCGACGAAUUCCACAGCCUCCUGCGGCACUUGAACAUCAAAGAAUACAAUGUACUGGGUCAUUCGUGGGGUGCCAUGCUCGGCAUGGAGAUCGCCAUCAGGCAGCCCGCUGGGCUGAGGAAGCUGGUCCUUUCAUCCGGACCUGUAUCCAUGGAGCUGUGGGUGCAAGUGACGCGGAAGUUACUAGAGACGUUACCCGCCGAUCUUCAGCAAAUUAUCCGCGAAAACGAGGAGGCGAAGACGUAUAAUUCGCCCGAGUACAAUGCCGCGAUGCAAGAGUUCACCAAGCGAUUCGUAUGCCGACUCGAUCCACUUCCGGAAGAAGUCACGGCUGCCUUCAAGGAGAUGGAGGCUGAUCCGACGCCUUAUGUCACAAUGCAAGGUCCGUCGGAAUUCACGAUCACGGGCAACCUGAAAGAUUGGAGCGUCAUCGACGACCUACACAAGAUUAAUGUUCCAGUGCUCGUCACAAACGGUGCACAUGACGAAGCGCAAGACCCAGUAGUCGCCCCUCUUUUCCAGCACGUCCCGAGAGUGCGCUGGUACACCUUCGCGAACAGUGCACACAUGGCGCACUGGGAGGAGAGGGAGAAGUACAUGCAAGUAGUAGGGGACUUCUUGACCCAGUAG